GCAGCCGGCUCUUUUCCCCCCGUCCCUCUGCCGCCAUGAAGGAGAGGGAGCCGGGCUGGUCGCCCCCGCGCUCCGCUUAUCUCCUUCUGUUCUCCCCUUGUGCCCCGGCCUGCCGCGGGGAGCGGCCCUGGAGCUGCCGAGGCGCUCAGGUGCGAGCGCAUCGGGGCGGAGGUGCCCGGCGGGCACGGCCCCGGCCCCGGCCUGCGGCUCCUGGGGAGGAGCUGGCACUGGGAAAGGGGCGAGUGGAGGCGAACCCACAGACGUUCCCGCAAGAGGGGUCUGGAGGCAGGGUCCGGUAUUACCAGCUUGAUGAAAUCUGGUGCUACAGUGUCGUGUUCAGGAAGGAAAAAGGGGGAAGAUGAGCUGCAAUCCAGCAGGAAGCAAACGCUGCUUAAAUAAGGACUCUCCCUCCGAUUUCAUACUUACUGGUGGUGAAUGGAGAGGAGUGUUAGUUUUUUGCCUUGGUUUGGGUUUUUUGUGCUCAGCAUCACAUAAUUUAUUUUGCCUGCUGUGCAUACUGGAGAUGCAGAAACCAUGUAGCAGAAAGCUUUGAGCAGCUGUGGAUGAUCAGUUUCUCCCAAGAGGAAUAAAAAGCGAAGGAUGAAGGCGACUGGAUUUAUUUCCCUGUGGACGUUGGUUUCGCUGCCUUGCGGCCCAUUAGCCAACCCUGCAGAACGUGAGGAUGUAGUGAAACAUGCAAUAAAGCUGCACCGUGGGAAGGGGGCUGGGAUCACUCAGAGGAAGCAGUGGGUGCUGGAGAGCUGCAGAAAACUCUCUGGUCUUCUUCGCCAAAAGAACGUUGUUCUCAACAAACUAAAAAAUGCCAUAAGAGCAGUUGAGAAGGAUGCAGGACUGUCUGAUGAAGAGAAACUUUUUCAGGUGCACACCUUUGAAAUUUUCCAAAAGGAGCUAAAUGAAAGUGAAAACUCAGUCUUUCAGGCAAUUCAUGGCCUUCAGAGAGCUCUACAGGGUGACUACAAAGAUGUUGUAAAUAUGAAAGAAAGCAGUAGACAGAGACUGGAGGCCUUGAGAGAAGCUGCAAUUAAGGAAGAAAUGGAAUAUGUUGAACUCCUAGCAGCAGAGAAACACCAGGUUGAAGCCCUUAAGAACAUGCAGCACCAAAACAAAAGCCUGUCAAUGCUUGAUGAAAUUCUGGAAGACGUCAGGAAGGCAGCUGAUAGAUUGGAAGAGGAAAUAGAGGAGCAUGCCUUUGAUGACAACAAAUCUGUAAGAGGUGUAAACUUUGAAGCUGUUUUAAGGGUGGAAGAAGAUGAAGCCAACUCCAAAAGAAAUGCUUCAAAAAGAGAAGUAGAAGAUGACUUAGGACUUAGUAUGCUUAUUGAUUCUCAGAACAAUCAGUAUAUCCUUACCAAACCCAGAGACUCAACCAUUCCUCGUGCUGAUCAUCAUUUCAUAAAGGAUAUUGUGACAAUAGGAAUGUUGUCUUUGCCGUGUGGCUGGCUGUGCACAACAAUAGGAUUGCCAACCAUGUUUGGAUAUAUCAUCUGUGGAGUACUCUUAGGACCCUCAGGACUAAAUAGUAUCAAGUCUAUUGUACAGGUGGAGACAUUAGGAGAGUUUGGUGUAUUCUUCACUCUCUUUCUAGUUGGUCUGGAAUUUUCUCCUGAAAGAUUAAGAAAGGUAUGGAAAAUAUCUUUGCAAGGACCCUGCUACAUGACAGUACUGAUGAUUGCCUUUGGUUUACUAUGGGGGCAUUUGCUCCAAAUUAGACCAACACAGAGCGUCUUCAUUUCCACUUGUUUGUCUUUGUCAAGCACACCGCUGGUGUCCAGAUUUCUUGCAGGUAGUGUUCGAGGAGAUAAAGAAGGGGAUAUUGACUACAGCAGCGUACUGCUUGGCAUGUUGGUGAUGCAGGAUGUGCAGCUUGGUUUAUUUAUAGCUGUCAUGCCUACACUUAUUCAAGCAGGAGUGAGCACAUAUUCCAGCAUUUUCAAGGAAAUUCUGAGAAUACUGAUCCUGGUUGGCCAAAUUCUGUUUUCUCUGGCUGCUGUUUUUCUUCUGUGUCUUGUUAUAAAGACUUAUCUCAUAGGACCGUAUUACCGCAAGUUGCACACAGAAAGCAAAGGGAAUAAAGAAAUCCUCAUUCUAGGGAUAACUGCAUUCACCUUCCUUAUGUUAACGAUCACAGAGCUGUUGGAUGUUUCAAUGGAGCUGGGAUGCUUCUUAGCUGGAGCUCUGAUCUCUUCUCAGGGUCACAUGGUUACUGAGGAGAUUAUGUGCUGUAUUGAACCAAUACGUGACUUUCUUGCCAUCAUUUUCUUUGCAUCUAUAGGACUUCAUGUUUUCCCCACUUUUGUAAUAUAUGAACUCACAGUCCUGCUAUUCCUUACAUUGUCUGUCGUCAUUAUGAAGUUUGUCUUGGCAGUGCUUGUCCUUUCUUUGAUUCUUCCAAAGACCAGCCAAUAUAUCAAGUGGAUUGUCUCAGCAGGACUGGCACAAGUCAGUGAAUUCUCUUUUGUUCUGGGAAGUAGAGCACGCAGAGCAGGGAUCAUAUCUCGGGAGGCUCAUAAUGGUAUUUUUGCAAUUGUAUCUUCACACCAGGUAAACAGGUCUAUCUUCUUAUUCUGAGUGUGACUACUCUAAGCCUUUUACUUGCCCCUGCCCUGUGGAGAGCUGCAAUUAUGAAAUGUGUUCCGAGACCUGAAAGACGCUCAAGUACUUGAUCAAGAUUUGCACAAAUUGAAGGAUAUGUUCUCUUGCAAGGAAAACAUCUUCAUUGCUCAUUGUACUUCUAUGCACUCAGAAAACAAGACCUGUUGAGUAGUCAGUCCUCUUAAUAAGCACUUGGUUAUAAGCCUUAUACUGACCUUAAAACAAAAUUCAAUACUAAAAAAUAAUUGCAUAAUAUGAAUUGCACACCUUUUACAAAAUUUAGUUUGACUGAUUGGAAUCUACUAGAACAUUUGUUUCUGAUCCAAUCUGUUAUUCAGAGCAUAAAUUAUUUUUUUUAAUAUAGUCUCAUGCAAACUAUGUUUAUUAUUUUUUUUGCCUGAAUGUGCCUUUUAAUUUUCAUCCUGUUAAUGCUGGUUCAUCACCAGAUUUUGUUCAAAAAGAAAAAAAAAUAUAUAUAUAUUAUGGUGCCUAUGGUAUCUUCUUUCACUAAAUGACUUAAGUCAUUUUCACAUUUAUGAUUUUAAUAUAGCAGUAUAAAAUUAACUACAAACCAAAUUUCUAAUGGUGAAUAAAAGUGUGAUCCUCUGCACAAAGAAAAGGUUUAACUGUUUAGCAAUCAGUUCCAAGCAGUUAAUUACAUAUUCCAGUUCAUGCAGCCAGUACUGCAUGAUAUUUUAUUUCAAAUUGCAGCAUAUAAUGUAUUUCUUAUAGUGGUAUAUUUUGUGUUAGCUCUUGUAUUUAUUUACAUAUUUGACUAAAAAUUGACAGUAAGAAAGGGCAUAAUUUAUGUUUGCAGACUGACAGUUGUUACCCAUUCUUGUUGCUAACUGCUGCUACAGUAAUGGUUUACAGGGGUGUUUUCUUUUAAAUAAAAAAUAAAUGUAGUAAAACUGGGAAGUGUAAUUUCAAUUAGAUGUGAAAAAUAGUACUUCUGUAACCUUGGAGGUUGGAUCUUAGUUGACACUAUUCUAGAUUUGAAAUUAUUUUAAGUUAACUUGCAGAAAAUCAUUUUAAAUUGACUUGCAGAAAACUGGAAACAGCAGACUGGAUGUGUAUUUGCAACCCCAUGACCUUUUAAGUUACAUUUACAUUGAAUAAAUUGUUAGUCUUUUUAAAAUA